UAAUAAAAAAAAAAUCAAUAGCACAGUGGUGUUAAAAUCAUUGUUAAUUUUUGAGUGAUUUCUAAAAUAAAACAUAAAAUAUCAAAAUAUAAAAAUUAAAUAUAAUAGAAAGAACAAAUUAAAUAAAGAGUGUAAUAAAUAUACAAAAAAAAAACAAAAUGGCUUUUUUCACAAAAAUAUCAACAAUUACAAUUCUUUUCUUAUGUAUUCUUAUAAAAAAUAAUAAUGUUAUUGGUAAAUUGCAUAACGCUUAUCAUGGUACAUGGUGUGAUCCAAAAUUAUGUCAUAAUAGUGGUGAAAAACAUGUUGCUUGCGGUAAUACAGGUAGUCUUGGAUCAAAAUGCCCUAGUGAUGCUGUUGUAAUUGAUGUUAAACCAUUUAAAGAUUAUUUUUUACAUGAACAUAAUCGUUUAAGAAAUAAAAUUGCAAUGGGUUAUGUACCAGGAUAUAAAUCAGCUGCAAGAAUGGCAACAAUGUCAUGGGAUGAUGAAUUGGCAUAUCUAGCAUCAUUAAAUGCAAAAACUUGUACAUUUGAUCACGAUAAAUGCUAUAAUACAUAUCGCUUUAGAAAUACUGGACAAAGUUUAGCUGGUUUAUGGAAUGCUAAAGAUCGUCCAUUAAAUAUGACAAAAUUAAUUAGUGAAGCUGCAGCUGCAUGGUUUGAGGAGCAUGAAUUAAUUGACAUGAGUUAUAUUGAUAAUUUUAGAAUUGAAUCAAACUUUGAGGACUAUGGACAUUUUACAGAAUUUGUUGUAGACAGAAAUACACAUGUUGGUUGUGCUGCUGUAAGAUUCUCUGUAAAGGAUUAUCCAUUUUAUUAUCGUAUUAACAUUGUUUGUGAUUAUGCAUCUGUUCAUUCAAGUGAAACACCAGUAUAUGAAUCAGGUGUACCAGCCUCAAAAUGUACAACUGGAAGUAAUGCAUAUUAUCCUGGACUAUGUAGCCCUCAAGAAUAUUUUAAUCCAAAUAUAUAUAAUUACGAGCUAAUACUUUGAAUUUGAUGUUCUUUAUAAUAAUUUGCUUUUUUAAAAAUGAUUUACAUUUUAAGGGAUUAUAAAUUAAAUAUAAAAAAAUUGU